AUGGUGGCCAAAGAAAUGAUCAGACAUGGCUUCAAACUAGGGAAGGAUCUCGAGAAAUCAUUUCAAGGAAUAACUGAACCUGUCACCCUGACCGCCAGUGAAAAGUUCUUUGGGAUAGGCUUCCGACCCACUCUAGCUAAUAUAAGAUGGGAAAAUGAUAGAAAGAAUGAUGGUUGGGUCUUGCCUCAGCCGGUGCCGCAUCUGUACAGAAUAUUUGUCAAGCCGAAAUACCAUGAGGAAGAAGAAGAUGAGGCCUUCACAGCCGAAGAGAUUGAAGAGAUCUGUGGGGCAAUGAGGAAGAUACUAUAUAAAACCCACAUGGUCCAGCCAGGGGAGGGCUCAAGCACAGCUGAGGUGCUCCGGUUCAUUGCCCAGUUGACAUCCACAUGUGAACCCAUAUUCAAAUUGCUGAUGAAUGACGUGGUAGUUAAGUGGACAGAGGAAUGUCAAGAAGCUUUUGAUAAAAUCAAGGAAUAUUUGUCAAACCCGCCAGUCUUGGUCCCACCUGAGCCAGGGAGGCCUUUGUUCUUGUACCUGACAGUCUUAGAAAAUUCUUUCGGCUGCGUCCUCGGGCAACAUGAUGUGACCGGAAAGAGAGAGCAUGCCAUUUACUAUCUGAGCAAGAAAUUCACUAGUUAUGAAGCCAAGUACACUUUGUUGGAAAGAACUUGCUGCACUUUGACUAGGGUCGCUCAGAAGCUGAGGCAUUAUUUGCAAGCCUACACCACUUACCUCAUAACCAGGUUGGAUCCUUUAAAAUACAUAUUCCAGAAGCCAAUGCCCAUUGGGAGGCUAGCAAAAUGGCAGAUCCUGCUUAUUGAAUUCGACAUAGUAUGUGUCACUCGCACGGCAAUGAAAGCCCAGGCGUUAGCAGAUCACUUGGCUGAAAAUCCGGUCGAUGAUGAAUACCAACCUUUGAAUACUUACUUCCCGGAUGAAGAGGUAAACUCAGUUGAGGCAAUAUCCGAAGACAUCAAUGCUUGGACAAUGUUCUUCUAUGGAGCGGUAAAUGCAAAAGGUGUUGGAAUUGGGGCAAUCUUGAUCUUGCCCACUGGCCAGCAUUACCCGGCCACUGCUAGGCUUCGGUUUUUCUACACAAACAACACUGCCGAGUACGAAGCUUGCAUUAUAGGUAUGAACAUGGCAAUCGACCUAGAUGUCAAAGAACUGUUAAUCAUGAGAGAUAUUUGA